UAGGUAGGCAAAAGAGAAGGUUGGCAGUGUGAGAGAGAGCGAGAGAGAGAGAGAGACGAUGAUGAUGAUGAUGACGACGACGACGGGCGGAGACGGAGGGCAGCUUCGCUAUCCCACGGUCCACGUCCCGCCGUGGUCAUUGCCCUUCGAGAAUAUGGCGGCGGGGACUGACUAUCACCUCACCGCCGCUUCUGGCGGCGGGGGUGUUGGUGGCCAAGAGUUUCCUUUCGAGGAGUCCACCUUCACAGCGUUGCAGAGGCAGCUUUCGUGCAAGGGCGAGGAGACGGGAGCGGAGGAAGAGGACGUGGAGGAGCCGGCCUCCGCCGUGGAUGUGUACUCGUCGGACGAGUUCCGGAUGUACGAGUUCAAGGUGCGCCGAUGCGCGCGCGGGCGCUCCCACGACUGGACAGAGUGCCCCUUCGCUCACCCCGGCGAGAAGGCUCGGCGCCGGGAUCCCAGGAAGUACCACUACUCCGGCGCGGCCUGUCCGGACUUCCGCAAGGGCGGCUGCAAGCGCGGCGACGCCUGCGAGUUCGCCCACGGGGUGUUCGAGUGCUGGCUCCAUCCCGCGCGCUACCGGACGCAGCCAUGCAAGGAUGGCACCGCCUGCCGCCGCCGCGUCUGCUUCUUCGCCCACACACCUGACCAGCUCCGUGUCCUCCCGCAGCAGCAGCAGACGCCAACCAACGCAUCGGCUACGGUGGAGUCGUACGAUGGCUCGCCGCUGCUCCAGCAGGCGAUGGAGUCUUACAUUUCAAAGCACCUGAUGUCCUCCUCGCCAACCUCCACAUUGAUGUCUCCGCCGAUAUCCUCGCCCUCGAACUCCCCACCGAUGUCGCCGAGCACCGCGGCGCUCGGGCGGGCGUCGUGGUCGGUGGGAACAUCCCCCAACGAGAUCGUGGCCUCGAUGCGGCAGCUGCAGCUCAGCAAGGCGAAGUCCGCGCCGAGUUCUUGGGGCUUCCAACUCGGUAGCACCCUGUUCGGAUCGCCAAGAGGAACCGGAACCGGGUUCAGGGCCGAUCUGUGCGGUCUGCCAUCGAUCCCAACGACGCCGGGGACGUGCGUUGGCGGACUCGCGUGGUUAGAUGACAUGAGCGGUGGUUCGGCGGAGGGGGAAGAGCCAGUGGAGAGAGUGGAGUCCGGGAGGGCCCUGAGGGCGAAGAUCUUUGAGAAGCUGAGCAAAGAGUGCUGCGUGGCGAAGAGGGCGGAGGCGGCUCCGCCGAUGCCGGCGCCCGACGUCGGGUGGGUGUCGGAGUUGGUGAAGUAAUCUGUAGAUUUCAUGGACGACCAUAAAUAGUGACGUCAGAAGAAACAACGAAGGCGGAGAGAUGUGGUGUCUUUGUACAUAGAAAACGGUGGCCUGUUUUGGGGAUUCUGAUGGAGGAAAACAAGGUGAAGGUGAAGUGAUCGGUAAACACACCUGAAGAUGGAUUAGAGCGGCUGUGGAAAUUUGUAGCUCCGAUUGAUUUCAAGCUUCGUUAUCACUGAGUCUAUGCUACUACCUUUCUUCUUCUAAUCUUAUUUUGUCUUGUUAUUUCAAUGUUGAACCUGUAAUUAUCGAUGUCAUCUCCCGUCAAUCUCACUGUUGUACAUAUAUAUAUAUAUGUUUGUUGAAGUA